AUGCAAUUUGAUUGGGGCUGUGGUGAACUCCUUUUAUUUAUUUAUUUUUCCUUUCUCCCUGGCCCACGACCAGCAAGCGCCAGCCUGAUGGCCCACCUACUCGCCCACUCCGCCAAGACCAGCCCGACACUCUCCAUCUCCACCGGCACGACCGCGUCCGCCGGCACCGCCACCGCCGCCGCUGCCCUCGCCGGAGAGACCCGCACGCCGCCGGAAGCCGAUCCGCACACCCGCCGAGAGCAGUUCAGCUUCCCCGAGCCGCCCCUCCCCACGCCCACCGAGCCGCCGCCGAGCCCGCUCCAUCUCGCCGCCCAGCGCGGGGACAUCGAGGCCGUCAAGCAGCUGCUCGACUCCGCCCUCGCCCUGCCCACCGAUGCCGACCACCAGCAGAUCACCGCCCUCCACUGGGCGGCCAUCAACGGCCACCUCGCCCUCUCCGCGCUGCUCAUCGCCCGCGGCGCCCUGGUCGAUGCCUUCGGCGGCCAGCUCCUCGCAACCCCGCUCAUGUGGGCCGCCCGGAACGGCCGGGUGCAGAUCGUCCAUCUGCUGCUCAAGCACGGCGCCGACCCCGCCCUCGUCGACUCCCAGGCGUUCAACACCCUCCAUCUGGCCACCCACUCCAGCUCGGCCCUCACGCUCUGCUACCUGCUCUCCGCGGCCGACGACCAGCUCUCGGUCGACGCCGCCGACAGGGAGGGCCACACCUCCCUGCAUUGGGCCUGCUACCAGGGGGACAGUCUCUCCGUCGAGCUCCUCCUCUCCCAUCGGGCCUCCGUCGCCGCCAGGGACCUCAACGGCAUGACCCCGCUCCACUGGGCCGUCGUCAAGGGGAACUCGAACUGCAUCCGGCAAAUCGUCCUCGCCGGCGCCGACGUGCUCGCCCGGACCAUCGAGGGCAAGACGCCCCAGGAGAUGGCCAUCGAACUCAAGUCCACCUUCGCCUGGAACAGGGCUCUCUCCGAGGCCGGCAUGAACCCCAACGGGACCAAGAGAGUCUUGCCCCUGGGGAACGGCCUCCGGAUGCACUCGAUCAUGUUCCUCUUCACCAUCCUCUGCUUCGGACUGGCUUUCCAAACCUUAUCCUCACUGCCCUACUACUCCUCCAUCAUCAUCUCGCUCGCUCAAGCCUACGGCGCCCAUCAUAUCAUCACCAAUACCAUCCUCGACGCUAACCACCGCAGUCCGGGCAGACCCUCGGAAAUCAUCACCCAGAGCCCGUACUUCUCCACGAUCAUCGUCGCCAGUUUCUUUUGGGUCGGAUAUGCUUGGAUCGCUCAUGUCCUACCUCACACCCCGGAACAUUCAUACCUCAACUUAUUUUUCAUCCUCUCCAGCUUAAUCUGCGUAUACAACUUUGUCCGGUCGAUCACAUUGGAUCCAGGAUAUAUACCCCUCCCUCGCAAUCCUCUCGACCGCAAAACCAUUAUUGAAGCAUUGGUGGAACAAUCUAAAUUCGAUGGAAUGAACUUUUGUAUCUCCUGUGAGAAUCGAAAACCAUUGCGGAGUAAACAUUGUAAAAUCUGCCAACGAUGUAUAGGGAAAUUUGACCAUCAUUGUCCGUGGGUUUGGAAUUGCGUUGGGGUCGGCAAUCAUCGACAAUUUCUGGUUUUCGUUGGGACGUUGAUCAUCGGAAUUUCCUUAUUUGAUAUCCUGGCCUUCAUCUAUUUCACGUCGGCGCCUGAUCUGACGAAGAUAGAUCCGAGACAGUUACCGGCCUCGUGCUCGAUCUCUCAGACGUUUUGUCAGCUAGCGGCCUACGAUUCGUUCACGCUUUCGAUAGCGAUCUGGGCGACCUUGCAGCUAGUGUGGACGAUGAUGUUGAUGGUCUCGCAGCUGUGGAUGGUGAGCCGACAGAUGACGACGUUCGAGCUCAGCAAUGUGAACCGGUUCGGAUAUAUGGGCGGGCGUGCGGGCACUUCGAUGGCCGCCCAGUCCUCCCACCUCCACGCCCCACACCCUUCAGCGCAAUCCUCCCUCUCCUCGCUCACCCACAACCACCACCACCAUCACCAUUCUCACUCCAGGAAGCCAAAGUCACUCGUCUUCUGUCUCAAGCUCCUCGGCCUCGAUCGAUUCCUCGAUGGCACCCAGCUCAUCAAGAAGUCCAAGAAAGCCGCCAACCCUUUCCAUAAGGGUAUCCAGGCUAACUGUCUCGACUUCUGGACCGCCGGGAACCAUCUCGGGAUCAACUAUCUCGAACUCUUCGAGGUUCCUGAAGGCGGCUUCCAAGUCCGAUCUAAAGACUCUUUGUCUGCUUCUUCUGCUAAAUUCGAACAUAAUAAACCUUCGAACCGAACUGGUAGUAGUAGUAGUGAUAACCGCAAUCGCAAUGGGUACGAACGUGUGGCCAUGGACAUUGUUUAA